UGUAACUAAACGUUCAGUGCAAUUGUCAAAUCCAGAUUAAGGAAUUUUCUGAAAAGGCGUCUAAAGUACUGCUUUUUUUGGACAUAUUGCUGUGGUUUAUAAUUUAAAAAUGUUAGCUUUGAUCAAUCGUAUCCUUGAUUGGAUUAAAAGCUUAUUUUGGAAGGAGGAGAUGGAGCUCACUCUCGUCGGGCUGCAAUAUUCUGGGAAAACAACUUUUGUUAACGUCAUAGCCUCGGGACAGUUUAGUGAAGACAUGAUACCAACUGUUGGCUUCAACAUGCGUAAAAUUACCAAAGGAAAUGUUACUAUUAAGGUAUGGGACAUCGGUGGUCAGCCUCGGUUCCGUUCAAUGUGGGAGAGGUAUUGCCGAGGAGUUAAUGCUAUUGUGUACAUGGUGGACGCUGCGGACCCGGACAAGAUUGAAGCGUCGCGCAAUGAGCUGCACAGUCUGCUGGAGAAACAGCAGCUGACAGGAAUACCUGUACUGGUGUUGGGCAACAAGCGAGACUUGCCGCACGCACUAGACGAGCACGGCCUCAUAGAGCGCAUGAAUCUAUCGGCGAUUCAAGAUCGAGAGAUCUGUUGUUAUUCUAUUUCGUGCAAGGAGAAGGACAACAUUGACAUCACGCUGCAGUGGCUCAUCGCGCACAGUAAGUCCGGCACCGCGCGCUAGUGACGCCUUCGUCAUGUCACGUCGCGUCACGUCACGUCACGUUACGUCACGCGGGCCUAACGCGGUCACGUCGCCUUUAUACACUUCGAUCGCCAACAGUUUAGCUAAUGUCGAUUAAAAAAAAUAUUUCAAAAUUUCUUGCUUGAAUAUUUGGUCAUUAACUUUUAUUAAAUCGUAUUAAUUUGUGUUUUUCAGUACAUUUUGUUGAUUACGAAACAUCGAUUUUGUAUUUGAAAUGUGCACAUUUUCAGUUCUUAGCCAGGCUCAUCGAAAAGCCUUUCUUUAGGAAUAAUAGAUAACCGUAAAAUAUAUGAAAAUUAUU